AUGGUCGAUCUCACCCUCUCCUCCGCCGAACAGAAGACCCAGGCCGCGGCACGCAGCUUUGCCGCCGCCUACCUGGCCGAUGCCGCCGCGCAGUACGCCCGACUGCCCACCCCGGAGGCCCGCUUCCAGUCGCUGCAGCCCAUCUACGAGGCGGCGGUGCAGGCGGGCCUGAUCCGGGCGCAGGUGCCCGCGGCCGUCGGGGGCACCAGCUUCAGCCUGGUCGAGUCGUCCCUCCUGGUGGAGGAGUUCUACGCCGUCGAGGCCUCCGCGUCCCUGACGAUCUUCGGGACGGGGCUGGGGCUGACCCCCCUGGCCCUGGCAUAUCAGCCCACCGUCCGUGACUUUCUCGCCCCCUUCCUCACCGGUCGGGGGUCGCCGCUGGCCUCGCUGGUCUUUUCCGAGCCGAAUGGCGUGGCCAACUGGCUCGAGCCGGGAGCCCCCGGGCUGCAGACGACCGCCCAUCAGGAUGGCGAUGAGUGGGUGCUCAACGGCGAGAAAAUGUGGGCCACCAACUCGGCCGGGUGGGACUUCCAGGGUGCCGAUCUGAGUUGCGUGGUGUGUCGCUGUGUGGAGGAGGAUGCCGUGGCCCGCGCCUCCCAUCCCCGCGACCUCAUCAUGGUGCUGCUGGUCACCCGGGAGGACAUCCGGCGGAACGACCCUGGAUGCUUUGAAGUGCUGAAACACAUCGAGACCGCCGGCCACAUCGCCGUGUCUGGUCCCCACCUCAAGGUCGGUGGUAUUCCUGUCCGUUCAAUCAAUUUAUCGCUCGGUCCCGCUCACCCGGUCCAGUACACCAACCUGCGGGUCCCGACGCAGAAUGUGCUGUGUGCGCCUGGCACGGGCGCAGAAGUCGUGACCCAAUCCUUCGACAUCUCCGCCAUGCUGGUCGGGGCGAUGGGGGUGGGCAUCCAACGCGCCGUGUUCGACGCGGCCCUGGCCUUUUCGCGCGACCCCCGCGGGGGCACCGUUCCCAUCGGGCACCGCCAGUCCGUGGCAGACCUGCUCAUCGACAUCAAGAUGCGGACGGAGACCUCGCGGUACCUGACGUGGAAGGCGGCCCACUGCUUGCUCUCCCGGGAGGGCGACCACGACCAACGCCGGGAGCCCGCCUUGCUGGCCAAGAUCUACUCCUCCGAUGCCUCGGUGCAGUCGUGCCUCGGGGCGAUCAAUGCCGUCGGCGUAUCGGCAUACAAUGCGGAGAGGCCGUUCGGGCGGUUCCUGUCCACGGCGCUGGCACUGCCCAUCUUCGACGGGGGAAAUGUCGGGGUCCGUCGGCGGGCCUUGCAGGAGGUCUUCAUGGCGGAGGAUUACGAGCCCUGGGCGAUGAGCUUUCCGUCCCCGACGAAAUGA